UAAACCGGUCCGCGCUGGAGAGAUGUUCAGCGACUCGUGACAAAUUGGACUGUUUCCAGUAAAUCCUGGUUUCCUAAUGGCCAGAUUGAACUGACCCAUUGCCACACGUUAGAAGUGAAAACUAAGUGAAAGGACUUGGCUGAAAUUGAAAGCAAAAAGGUAUUAUGUCUUCCAGAGAGCGACGCACUGAUCUUCAUAUCAAGGCAGAGCCUAGCAGUCCGGAGGGUGGAGGUGGAGGAAGGACGAGUCCUGGAGCUGUCUCCUCAGAUUCUUCUCAGAGCGGAGGAGGGGGAGUGAGGGGGGAUGUAGUCGGGCGCUACUCCUCGCCUGUAUACAGUCCGGCCCUGCGCUGCCACUUUAAAGAGGAUGUAGCAGACGGUGCUGAUGAAGGCUCAACGGGAAGCGGCGGCGGGCGCUGCAAAUAUGCCCUUAGCACCCUUCCCAAGAGGCUUUGCCUGGUGUGUGGUGAUGUUGCGUCAGGGUACCACUAUGGUGUGGCCUCAUGUGAAGCCUGCAAGGCAUUCUUUAAAAGAACCAUACAGGGCAACAUUGAGUACAGCUGUCCGGCGUCCAACGUUUGCGAGAUCACCAAGAGGCGCAGGAAGGCCUGCCAGGCAUGUCGCUUCACAAAGUGUCUCAAAGUUGGCAUGCUCAAAGAAGGAGUCCGUCUGGACCGGGUAAGAGGAGGAAGACAGAAGUACAAGAGGCGCCCAGAAAUGGAAAAUGCGACGUAUCAGAGCACACCGAUACCCAUAAAGAAAGAGGGAGAAAGAGGCUCCCCUAGCAUCAUCGUGUCUCAUCUGCUGGUAGCUGAGCCUGAGAAGCUGUUUGCCAUGCCGGAUCCUUUGCAGCCAGACACGGCUCAGCGCACCCUCACAACGCUGUGUGACCUGGCUGACCGCGAACUCGUUGUCAUCAUCGGCUGGGCCAAGCAUGUUCCUGGUUUUCUUUCACUGUCUCUGGCAGACCAGAUGUCAGUGCUGCAGUCUGUGUGGCUAGAGGUGUUGGUGCUGGGUGUGGCAUAUCGCUCCCUAAAUUGUGAGGAUGAGGUGGUGUUUGCCGAAGACUUUGUGCUGGACGAGGAAAUGUCACGUGUGGCCGGCCUGACUGAACUCAACGCGGCAAUUUGCCAGCUGUCUCGUCGCUUUAGGGCCCUGCAGCUGGAACGGGAGGAGUUCGUCAUGCUUAAAGCCAUCGCUCUUACCAACUCAGACUCGGUCUAUAUAGAGGACAUCGAGGCCGUGCAGAAACUGAGGGAUCUGCUGCACCAGGCACUGUUGGAGCUGGUGAUGCAGCAGCGUCCGGAUGAUCCACAGCGGGCCGGGAGACUCCUCCUCACUCUGCCUCUCCUCCGACAGACAGCCAAUCGUGCUCUCACUACCUUCUACAGCAUUAAGACCCGCGGAGGAGUGCCCAUGCACAAACUCUUCCUGGAGAUGCUGGAGGCCAUGAUGGAUUCACCCUAAUAAUUAGACAGAGGGAAAAGAAAAUGUGGAAGUAUGAUGUGGUGGGUUUUUUUUUAAGAUGAAGCUUUUUAGCUGAAGGUGCAACAGUUGAAAGGCUAAAGGAGCGAUUUAUUCUUUGAAGUCUAAAUUCCCUGUUGUUGACAUUUUUAGCUUUGUGGUACUGAUAUUGUCAAUUUAAUGAGGUUUGAUCUCUUUUAUUUGGGAAAAAAAGACUUGCUUCUUACUUGCUACUAAAUCGAGGUACGCAAAAUAGGGAGUAAAUUAGGCAACAGAAUCUUCCUUAUAACACUUAUCAAUUAACAAUUGAUAGCGUCUAAAUAUAGGACCUUCCAUACCUUCCACCAGUUGUACAUGGUCAGUAAGGUGACAUAACGACUGCUGAGUCUAAUGAGUAGCCUUUAGCAGUGGCGCCUCCUAUUGGAAAGAUAGGUAAAGCCAUAAAAAUGCUACACAACACAAUAAAAAUCACUGCAGGCAACCCUGUAGAGCCAUGAUGAACCUUCUUCCAAUUCGACUUUUCAUGUACUUGCUGUAAAGUUUCUAGAUUUUUUGUGGUUUGAAAUAUGCAAGCCAUGUGCAGAAAUGUGAACGCCUGUGAGUAAAGGGGGCUGUGGACAGAGCUGGGUAAUGUAGGAAUUAUAGACAGAAGCAGGACUAUCUUUUAUGCUCUAAUGCAAUAUAAUUUUAAGCAAUAUGUAUAAGUGUAAGUCGUGCAGUUUUUGGUAAAGAGGGAGUGCUCAAAUUGUUGAAUCACAAUUGCAUAGUUGCUUAUAGCUGCUCAGCAAAUCUCUUUAAAACCCGUAUUCGAACUGGAUUAGUUGUACCUGGUGGGCUGAGGUGACUUAGUUUUUUACAGGUUUUGUUAUUUAAAAAUUACAUUUUUAAUGGGUUUGACAGUGAUCUGGUUCAUCAUGUUUGUAGUUUAGCCUGUCUAAUGCAUUGACACUUUUAACCACUACAAUUGGCUGUUUAGCCAUCUACAAAGGAACUGUAUUGCAAAUCUCUUAAACGUUAACGUGUCGUCAAUUGGUAAACCAUCAGCACCAAAAAUAAUAGUCAAUCUAAAUAGUGCAGCUAAUUCGGCAGGCUGGUUAAGCUGGUUAUUGUAACAACAGUAACAGAUAUAAAGCCAUAUUUUAUGUUUACAUUAUGCAGAUUUGAUUAGUUUUGCCAUUUUCACACAAAACGUAAGUCUGUUUGUGUUCUGGCAUCAACUUUGGGUUUGUUUGGGUGUACAUCAUCAGUGCAGGUUUGUACGCAGACUUUCGUGCCCCAGCUUGACUGAGCAAUACUAAUAUCAUGCAUAACAUGCAGGACACUGUGAUAUGUGAUAUAAUCCUGUAAAAUCCCUUAAUUUAUUUUACUUGCCACUGAUCAACCGUUUGACACUUGUACAAAAAAAUCAUUUAGUUAUAGCUACAGUUAUAGUUGCUCCAUUUGUACGCACGAACAAGAAAUAAUCCCGUUUUGUCAAACAGCGUAUAUGCCUGUAUAAGAACAGUUUAAAAUAUUAAUGUCAGAUUCUCAGAUAGCUGCCAACAUUACUCUUAAACUCAACAAUCCAGUAAUGGUUUCUGAAAAUGCUAAUGCAAGUGCCACACAUCCCAAAAGAGCCCUGUUAGUCCUCAUCAAAGUCCUCAUCUUGUGCAAAUGACAUUUCAUUCCAUCCAGAUCCCAUAAAUGUGUUUUCCUUCUUUCUUACCUUUAAAAAAAACACCACUCAACCUCAGAGGAGGUUUGAUUACCUCAGUCUUGUCUGUAUAGACAUUUCAAUAAUUAUACAGACAGAUGUUAACACUUUUUGACCACUGCAGCUUUGCUGGCAUGUAUAACCGUAAACCCACGCUUAGUGACCUGAACCUUAUAUUUGGUAUGGGUCAUGAGCAUCUCUAGGAGAAUUGUGCGGUAGAAAAAAUAAAAUACAGAUACUUAAAAUAGAAGUUAAAAUAAUAGAUAUCUGGUGUUUUUUAAAAAUUUAAAUAAAUGUGCAUAAAUAUUAUAAACCCUAGUUAAAUUUUAUAAAUUCACAAACAAAUUUGCUUCUCAGCUUAAUGUCAUUGUCAGGACGUAGAAGUACACGUAAAAAAAAAAAAAAAAACAUAUUUCAGAUAUCUUUGGAAAAACUAGUCCUUAUUCAAUAGGACUUCUAUGUGACUAGCGUUCACUUUAAUGGACCCUGUAUAUCAUUCGUUUCACAGAUUGACCGUGAGAGUCUUUGUAUGAGUGUUAUUUUGUGCAGUGAACUGAUACAUCAAUGCAUUUAGAUCAGGGUAAAAUAAAUCAACCUCAGCCCCUGUUGAGGGGUCUGUU